AGCCCAUGUCCUACCACCGGAUUCCGUCACCGACGUCAUGUCUCUUCUCCUCCCAUACCAAACUUUUACGGUCCCCAGCCGUGUAGAUCGCAUUUCAUUCGCAAAUGCCCUAGUACAUUCCGCACGCUGCCCCUCACAUCGCCGUCGCCGUCGCCGGCGAAGCCUUCUCCUCCUUGCCGGAUACUCUCCGCCGCAGCUUCGGCCUCCAGCAAUGUGCUUGCAGAAACCCUUCGACAUUUCCUUCAAACUACCUAACCCCUUGCCUCUCCUCACUGUAUCCUCGGGCUGGUUCCUCUGGGUCUGCGGAUUCCUCGGGAUCCUCCCGUCAGACUUCUCCGAUCGCUGGAACUACCUUGUGGAGCUCUCGAGGGGAUCGGAGAAGAAGGUGAAAACCCUACCUUACCAUCUAAUCCAGGCUGUUCUGGCCUCAGAGGACCGCCGCUUCUUCUACCAUUUCGGCUUCGAUCCCUACGGCAUCGGACGCGCCGUCGUUUUCUACCCUAAUGGCGGCGGUGGGAGCACCAUUACUCAGCAGCUGGCAAAGAAUAUGUUUUUGACAAGCGAACGGAAGAUUUCUAGAAAAUUUGUGGAGGGGAUUCUGUCGCUAAUUUUGGAAAGGAGAUUUUCGAAGUGGGAAAUCUUAUAUUCAUAUUUAAAUAAGAUGUAUUGGGGGCAUGGCAACUAUGGCAUUGAAGCAGCAUCUCUAUUUUACUUUGGAAAGCAUCCCCCUUUGCUUAAUGUGGGGGAAUCUGCAUUGCUUGCUGGGAUAUUACCUGGUCCAGAAUCGCUAAACCCAAUUACAAAUCCAAAGAAGGGGAAAGAUUCGCAAGCUCGAGCAUUAAGGAGAAUGGUGGCUGCAGGGUUUUUGGAUUUGGAGAUGGCACUUUACAUUGUGAGACAACCUCUUCGCUUAUUUAAUAAUCGUGAUGUAGAAGAAGUUCAGAAAUAAACGCGCUUUGAAGCAAAGUGGAGAAACUUUUACUCAUUAUAAUUAAAUGUAGGACCACCAGAAGUGAUGGUAAGCGACGUUGGUUAUGCUUCAAAGUUCAGAAUUCAAGUUCAUUGUGAUGAUAAGAUCUCAAUAUGCAAUUUCAGUCGAUGCAAAGGACUAUAUGGUCAUGGCACCAACGACUAUACCCACUAUGUUUCUUAGGCUUUGUUUGAGACGGCUUUCUUACUGCAGCUUUCUAGUACGAAAAUUUUAAUUUUAUACUAAAAGUUGCUUUAAAAAACAAUAAAAAACCCGUAAUAAACAAAACCUUGAUGAUUUUCGGUGAUAAAUCUACUGGAAUAUUACAUUUUAUCCGUCUGCGGUGACUAACAUUGUAUCCGAGGUUCAUGAUGUUACACCUGUAUUUUUUGUAAGACAAUUUACAAUGUACAUUGUAAAAGCACUUGAAAUAUUAUGAAUGAACAAGUUGAACCAUCUGGUUGAUGCA